CAUGGCGGAGGGCCCCGGUCUGGAGAGAAGAGACAGCAGCGAUCUUUAGAGUGAUUUAUCAAUUAUUAUUAUCGAUCUGUGAUCAGCUGAGAGGCGGAGGCAAUCAAUCAAUCAUCAACUAAUCAAUCAGUUAAUCGAUCAGAUCGAUGAGGAGAGGAGAUGGAGUCUGUGAGGAAACGACUGGCUGAGUGUUCAGAGGAGGCUCAGGAGCUGUACCUGAACCAAUCGGUGCCCUACCUGGAUGGACCACCUGACCCGCUGCUCUUCUACAGGGACUGGAUUGGUCCCAACAAGCCCUGCAUCAUCCGCAAUGCCUUCAACCAUUGGCCGGCUCUGUCCAGGUGGACGCUGGAGUACCUGAGACAGAAGGUGGGGUCAAAGGUCAUCAGCGUGGCAGUGACUCCCAACGGUUACGCCGACGCCGUCAACGGGGAUCGAUUCGUGAUGCCUGAAGAACGACAGAUGAGCUUCUCCUCGGUGCUCGACGUCAUCGAGGGGAAGGUGCAGCGUUCCGGUGUGUUCUACGUCCAGAAACAGUGUUCUAACCUGCUGCUGGAGCUUCCUGAACUCAAUGAUGACCUGGAGCCUCACAUCUCCUGGAUGAGCAGCGCUCUCGGAAAGUUACCAGACGCAGUAAAUUUCUGGCUGGGAGAAGAAAACGCCGUCACGUCUAUGCACAAAGACCACUAUGAGAAUCUUUACUGCGUUGUCUCUGGAGAGAAACACUUCAUCCUGCUGCCGCCUACCGACCGCCCCUUCAUCCCCUACGGUGUGUACCAGCCGGCUGUUUACCGUCAGCGGGACAAUGGAGAGUUCGAGGUCAUGGAUCAGAGCGACUCAGAGAAGGUCCCGUGGAUCCCUCUGGACCCUCUGGAUCCGGACCUGCAGCUCUUCCCUCAGUACCGGCGAGCUCGACCGCUUCAUGUGACAGUCAAGGCUGGAGAGAUGCUGUUCCUGCCGUCGCUGUGGUUCCAUCAUGUCAGGCAGUCACACGGCUGCAUCGCAGUGAACUUCUGGUACGACAUGGAGUACGACAUCAAGUACAACUACUUCCAGCUGCUGGAGGCGCUGUGUGACAUCACGGCAUCCGCAUGAUGUCACGGCAACAGUUAUUAUAUUUAGAAUAAAGUUUUAUUUCGAACUGCA